AUGACCUUUGUAGCUUUCCAGGCUCCAAAGCUCCCGGGAGUGGCCAAAGUCUUGUAACUCUGCACGGGAAGAAAGAAAUGGAAUUGGAGAGCAAAGCACAGGCUUACUUGUAUGCGCAGAAUGGAACUCUGGAUUUCAAAGGCCGGCCUGCUCUCAAGAAGAAGACCGGACGAUGGCCGGGAGCCAUCCCAAUGCUCGGUGAGGGUGCACUGUCUCGUUCUCUGCCAGUUCUAAAAGCUUUUCUUUCCUGUGCCGCAGUGAUCCAAAUGUCUGCCACUGUCAUCUUCUUCGGCAUAGUUUCCAACCUGGUGACUUACUUGACGACCGUUAUGCAUCAAGGUGUUGCCAGAUCCGCCAGAGAUCUCACUAAUUGGCAAGGAACGCUCUUCGUCUCGUCAGUUCUCGGAGCUUUUCUCUCCGACACAUAUUGGGGGCGCUACAAGACGCUGUUGUACUCGUUUCUUCUCUACUGCGUGGGACUGAGCUGCCUUACCAUCUCCGCAUCCGUCAGAAGCUUGAGGCCUCCAAGUUGUCCCGCUCGAAACUACACUUGCCAGCCAGCGUCCACUGCUCAGAAUGCCUUGUUCUUCUUCUCCCUCUACGCCAUAGCGUUUGCGGGCGGAAGCUCCACCGCCUCGUUCAUGUCCUUUGGAGCCGACCAGUUCGAUGAGUCCGACGACGUCGAGAGGCCGCAAAAGUACUCCUUCUUCAACUUCCUGCUCUGUGCCAUUCACGUCGGAGGCCUGAUAUCAGUCACCGUCCUCGUCUACAUCGAGGACAACGUAGGCUUCUCCUGGGGCUUCGGCAUUCUCGUCAUCGUUCUCUCCAUCGCCUUGGUCGUCUUUCUCAUCCAGAUGCCGAGAUACCGCUACCGUCGUCCCGACGGAAGCCCCCUCACAAAGAUCGCACAAGUCCUGGUCUCCGCUUUCCGAAAGCGUCGCAACAGAUUCGGAGCUCUUGAGCUCUACGAGGAAAAGUCCAUCGCCAAAGGCAAAAGACACAUCCCCCACACCGACGAGUUCCUGUUCCUUGACAAGGCAGCACUCAAACUCGAUGGUGACAUGGAUAUGGAAGUGGAAUCCACGACGAAAACCAGCCCCUGGAAGCUUUCCACCGUGACGCGAGUCGAGGAGGUAAAGCUCGUCAUACGAAUGCUCCCAGUCUGGUUCGCAACGCUAUGGUUUACCACUGCUCCAACCCAGUCCGCCACCUUCUUCCUCCGCCAAGGAAUGGCUAUGGACAACCGGCUUGGAAGCACCUCCUUCAAGAUCCCGCCAGCGUCCAUGCUUCUCUUCAGCAACAUCACCGUCGUGCUCUUCCUCCCGUUCUACGACCGGAUCCUCGUCCCGGCCAUGAGAAAGAUCUCCAAGAACGAGCGCGGCAUCACCUUGCUCCAGCGAACCGGGCUGGGGAUCUUCGUCACCGUGAUCGCGCUCGUCACCGCGGCACUGGUGGAGAUCAAGAGGAAGGACGAGAACUCCAGCUCCAGGAAGCUAGGAAUCUUCUGGCUGCUGCCACAGUACGCGCUGCUGGGCAUGGCGGAGGGCCUGGCCAACACGAGCAUGCUGGAGUUCUUCCACGAGCAAUCGCCCGAUACCUUCCACAGCCUGGGGAUCAGCCUGGGGCUCGCGAACCUGGGCGUGGGGAGCUUCAUGAGCAGCGUGCUCAUUACCUGCGUCGGCCGCGCGGCGCCGUCGUGGCUCCAGAACGAUGUGAAUGCCGGGCAUCUGGAUCGCUACUACUGGCUGAUGGCGGGGCUGAGUGUCGCGAACCUGGCGAUCUAUGUGCCGCUGGCGCGAUGGUACUCGUACAAGAGCCCGGAUCCCUACGCCGAGACAACGCAAGAACCCUAAAUGUGAUAGAAGAAAAUAUUCUCUUUCAAAUUCCAAAACAUGUAUUAUUUAUCGUUUCAAGAAGUCAAAUCGAGUAUCAAGCUACCUCAA